UACUAGAGGGCCACAGUAAGGUCUCCCUGGAGCCUUCUCUUCUCCAGGCUUAUGGCAUUGUAUGGAAAGCAAUCAAUCGCAGGACAGGAGAAAUAGUUGCCAUUAAAAAGAUUUUUGAUGCUUUCAGGAACAGAACAGAUGCUCAGAGAACAUUUCGAGAGAUUAUGCUCCUACAGGAAUUUGGAGAACAUCCAAAUAUCAUCAAGCUGCUUGAUGUUAUCCCAGCUCAGAAUGACAAGGACAUCUACCUCAUCUUUGAGUCCAUGGAGACCGAUUUGCAUGCUGUGAUUAAGAAGGGGAAUUUGCUGAAAGAUAUCCACAAGUGUUACAUUCUCUACCAACUCCUGAAGGCAACUAAAUUCAUCCACUCAGGAAAUGUUAUUCACAGAGAUCAGAAGCCUUCAAAUAUCUUGCUGGAUGCAGACUGCUUUGUUAAACUUUGUGAUUUUGGGCUGGCCCGUUCUUUAAGCCAGAUGGACGAGGACCAAGGCAACCCUGCCCUGACAGAAUACGUGGCAACACGCUGGUACCGAGCCCCUGAGAUCUUGCUUUCCUCCCGGAGUUACACUAAAGCUGUAGACAUGUGGAGCAUUGGCUGUAUUCUGGGAGAGCUGCUGCUUGGGAAACCUCUUUUUCGUGGAACAUCAACAGUGAAUCAAAUUGAGCAGAUCUUGAGAGUCAUUCCUGCCCCAUCCCCAGAAG